AACAACCGCGGUAAGCACCACAGCAUAACAUCCUAGUGCCAGCUUCACCAUAGUGUUUCGCUUGCUCCCCGGGGGCAAAUACCUAUCCCGAGCAAAAAACUAACCAGCAAUGCGCACGCCACUGAGAAUCACGAACCGCAUCAUGCUCAGGGCAACCGCCCUGCGCACCAUCUCCACACGCGCCGCAGCCAUCGACGCCCUCCGCGGCCGCCGCCGACCCUCCCCUCACCCGUCCGAGGCCCCCGCCACCAUCACAUCGACCAUUCGCCCGCUCGAAUUCAGCUCCAACCAAGGCGUCUUCGGCCGCGACUGCUUCUCACACUGGGACACGGCCGCGCACAACACUCCUCCCUGGUCGCUCGACAAGCGGGCGCGUUCCAUGCACACGACGCACAUCUCCCACGACCAGGCCGACCCCGGCGCGCGCCAGCCCACCACUCAGUCCCCGGCGCAGCACGUAGCCGCGGGCCCCGCCACGGGCGCCGGCACGGGCGCCGGCACGGGCGCCAGCACGGGCGUGCCGAUCGCCGCCCAGAUGUUCGGCGCCGACAUCAAGGGCAACCCGACCGAGAGCGAGGCCGACGUCGCGGCCGACCGCUGCGACGUGGACCCGCUGCCGCCCGAGCUGCACCACACCAUCCGCAUGGGCGCGGGCGGUGCGGCCCCGCGGCCGACCGAGAGCGAGGAGGACGUCGUGGCCGACCGGCUGGGCGGCGCGGACGGCGAUCCGCUGGGAAAGAUGCGGGGGGCGGUCGGAAAGGGGGGCGUCACUGCUUGAGUUUUAAAUUAGGGGAUCGUUUAGCUUAGGUAAGAUUGGAAUCUGGGGGGAUUCCCUUUUCAGGCGUUGGGUCGGAGUUUGUUCUGGAGUUGGUAAAGCAUGCGUUGUUUCGCUGCGGUGAAGUGGGCGUUUUGUUGGACCACUGAGCUAAAAACCUAGGGUGCCCCAUUUGUUAUUAUUGGGACUUAGCUCAGCGCCGUUAUGUUCUGACACGUUUAAAGUCGGGUUGAAGGUUGAAGAGGGGACAUAAGCCCAAAAGCUCGAGUUUGGCGUUGCUCAACGGCGUUUUUCGCGGCCACCAGUGGCAUGGCGGGACAAGGAAGGAAUCAGAAUGUUUCCUGAUGGCCAAGAUCGAAAGCGGCUUCCGGCUUCUCCUGCAGGAUUCAAGUCACAACGGUUUGGGGCCCAAGGAGGCGAGGUCGAACAAAAGCGGCUGGUUACCGGUCAGUUUGUUUUAAACAAGAUACCAUAAUUCAGGUAGUCAAAAAUUCAAAUGGAAAGGACGGUUUCUGAGAACCUCGUUGGCCCGCCGAACGGAGCAUCAAGGUGCUGUUCAGAGCGUCCUGCCCUUUGAGGUACACGUGUGUGGCUUCACGUUCACGACAUCAUCAUCGGAGCCGGCCCCAAC